UCAUUGCGUUGGGUGUGGUUUUUCAGUCACAGUGCUAUUAGCAGGAAAUCGAGCUCUGGACCACGACUUUGAGGCGAAACAAAGAAAUAGUCAAAUACGAGUAGCCUUCUUUAGGUUGUGGGAAAAGUUUGAAAUCAAAGAUAAACUGAACGUGACUGAGGCUAUUUCAGAUAUUUCAGCACCUUAUCUAAUGGACACACGUUUUAGUUGACUCCAUUGUUGCCAUCAUCCAAUUCCUGACAUCAGUGAUUUAAGACCGAGAACUGCAAAAAUGCCAAAGACUAUUAGUGUGCGAGUUACCACAAUGGAUGCAGAGUUGGAGUUUGCCAUCCAGGCCAACACAACGGGAAAGCAACUCUUUGACCAGGUUGUGAAGACAAUCGGACUGCGGGAGGUGUGGUUCUUUGGUCUGCAGUACCAGGAUACAAAAGGUUUCUCGACCUGGCUCAAGCUCAAUAAGAAGGUGACAGCCCAGGAUGUAAGGAAGGAGAGCCCACUGCUGUUCAAGUUCCGGGCCAAGUUCUUCCCUGAGGAUGUGUCAGAGGAGCUGAUCCAGGAGGCCACCCAGAGGCUGUUCUUCCUGCAGGUAAAGGAAGGGAUCCUCAACGAUGACAUCUACUGCCCCCCGGAGACGGCUGUGCUGCUGGCCUCCUACGCCGUGCAGGCCAAGUACGCCGAUUACAACAAGGAGAUUCACUUGCCAGGAUACCUGUCCAGUGAAAAACUGCUGCCUCAGAGGGUCCUGGACCAGCACAAGCUCAACAAGGAGCAGUGGGAGGAGAGAAUCCAGGUGUGGCAUGAGGAACACAAGGGCAUGCUCAGAGAGGAUUCAAUGAUGGAGUACCUGAAGAUCGCCCAGGACCUGGAGAUGUACGGUGUCAACUACUUCAGCAUCAAGAACAAGAAAGGAUCAGAGCUAUGGUUAGGAGUAGACGCCCUGGGACUCAACAUUUACGAACAAAAUGAUAAGAUGACACCUAAAAUUGGAUUCCCAUGGAGUGAAAUCAGGAAUAUUUCCUUCAACGACAAGAAGUUUGUCAUCAAACCCAUUGACAAGAAAGCACCAGACUUUGUAUUCUAUGCUCCACGACUGCGUAUCAACAAGCGCAUCCUGGCACUCUGCAUGGGCAACCAUGAGCUGUAUAUGCGUCGCCGCAAACCAGACACCAUCGAGGUACAGCAGAUGAAGGCCCAGGCCAGAGAGGAGAAGAACCACAAGAAGAUGGAGAGGGCACUGCUGGAGAACGAAAAGAAGAAGAGAGAACUUGCUGAAAAAGAAAAGGAAAAGAUUGAAAAGGAGAAGGAGGAGCUUAUGGAGAGACUGAAACAGAUUGAGGAACAGACAAAAAAAGCUCAGCAAGAGUUGGAGGAGCAGACACGGAGGGCCCUGGAGUUGGAGCAGGAGAGGAAGCGUGCUCAGGAGGAGGCGGAGCGUCUGGAGAAGGAACGCAGGAUGGCUGAGGAGGCCAAGACCGCCCUGCUCCAGCAGUCUGAGAACCAGAUGAAGAACCAGGAACACUUGGCCACGGAACUGGCUGAGCUGACCUCAAAGAUCUCCCUACUGGAGGACGCCAAGCAGAAAAAGGAGGAUGAGGCAACGCAGUGGCAACAAAAGGCGUGCAUGGUGCAGGAGGACCUGGAGAAGACCAAAGAGGAGCUGAACAGCAAAAUCAUGGCAUCACACAUACAGGAGCCUAUGCAGGCCGAGAACGAGCAUGACGAGAACGACGAGACCAGCGACCAGGCCAGUGCCGAGUUCACGGGCGGCAUCUCCUACAAAGACCGCAGCGAGGAGGAGCGUAUGACCGAAGCCGAGAAGAACGAGCGCGUGCAGCAACACCUGCUGGCUUUGAGCUCGGAGUUGGCCAUCGCUCGAGAUGAGACCAAGAAAACCGCAAAUGACAUCAUCCAUGCGGAUAAUGUGAAAGCUGGACGGGACAAGUACAAGACCCUCCGGCAGAUUCGGUCGGGCAACACCAAGCAGCGUAUAGACGAGUUUGAGUGUAUGUGAUGUAUCUUGUUUGCAACUACUAUAACCCCCACAGCAGUGCCAUACUUGGUCCAUUCAUUCUAGACUGCAGACCUGCCUCACACAAGCUACAGUGCCUUUUACCCAAACAAGACCAGAAUACAUAUCAAAAAGCAAAACAAAAGUACAGCAAAAAUGUAUAUGAAUAAUGGUGCACAAAUCACAUUACAAGUAAUGUUAUUCAGAAUUAUGAAAUAAGUGGAUGCAUCAGGGACAUUUUUUAUAGAAGAAUGGUUUAAAGUGAAUACAAUUUGAUAAUACAUUUUUCCAGCCUUUGAAUUUGGGUUAUAGAUGGAGGGUGUUUUUAUUGAUUAUAAUUUAGUUUUUUUAAGUGAUUCAUCUCUCACACUGUUUUAAACUAAAAAUUAACAAAACAACACAAUGCAGGACAGCUGCAAUUACGUUAUGGUUGGCCACAUUUUAGGUGUCAUUAUUUCAGAGCAGGUUUGUUUGUUUUGAAGUAAACCUAUUACUGUAAGCAUUUUCCACAAAUUAAGAGAACAUCAAACUGUAAUUAGAUUGUAGUUUUUUAUUAUAUUCUAAUUUUAGGCAUUUAAAGAGAUUGUUGUCUUUCUAAGAGAAGGACAUCUUUGUUUGGAAACUCUCAACAGUAUUACUUUUACAUAAGAUUUUAUUAAGUCCAUAUGAAAUAAGCGCUGGAAUACCACGUUUUCCAUUUUCAGAGAGACACAUACUUAUGAAUGACUCUUUAUAGACCAAGUGUAUCUGCUAUGACAUAUAGCCAUGCACACUAGUAGCUACCAUGAUUAGGGGUUUGUUUUUGUAUAUCAAUCCUUUGCUAAGUAUUUUAUUAUAUGGAAUUUUUAGAAAUAUGAUUCUAAGGCCUGUCUUGAAGGAUUUAUUUUGUGAUUUGGAUGUUUCAAUAAAACAGGUUAUGAUGUGUAAAAAGA